GCCUACCGGCUCCUCCGAUCGGACGUCAGUUGAGAGCUUUCUGUGCUCAGUCAUUCAAACAAUCCCAGAUUGCCUUGGAACUAUCAUAGCGCGACAGGCAGCUGUUUCGAACGUACCAAUCGCGCAGUCGCGUAUUUUAAAUCGCACCAAAUUUGAACGUCGAAUGUAAACAAACGCGAAUUUUCACUUUUUUGCUCAAAUAAGAACGAGGAUUUCUAUUGGAAAAGCGUUUCACCUAUGUUUACGAACAUUUCUAAAAUAAAGAAGAUGUUGAGAAAUUGAAGUGGAAUUCUCGAACUUUUAAGUUUAUUUUGUGUAGUUGUUAUUAUGAACUGUUGUGUUUUUUGAAAGUGUUUGAAUUGUGUUUGGAAAAUAUGUUGGUAGCAGCACCCUAUCCUCGUUUUGAGGGACCCAAAAUUAUUGCAGGAAUAAGGAAGAAGGAUAUAGUAUCGCCUACUCCUAAUAUCAGGCCCAGAUUAUCAGGAGAACUGCUAGUUAAAUGUGGCCAUGAGAAAAAUUGGUGGCCUAGGAAAGUCACCGUCAGAGGAGGACACCUAGUUGUGUCUUCCAGAAGAACGGAUGAUUCCCUACCAACUUUGAGGCUACCACUGAGACAGCUUAGUCUGCAAGCUGGUCCACUUGUUAACAGCCUAGCACUUACCAAAGGAUCAAUAAUUGUUCUCACCAUACAGACAUCGACUGAGCAACAUUUCGACUUAUGGGUGAAGGCCAUUGCUGUAGAACUGAUUAGGCAAACUCCCCUCUUCGCUGUGAAAUACCUAGACAUCUUGAAUCUAACCGAAUUAUCCAAAAGGAAAGAACUGGAAAACGCCAACUGCCCCUGCAAGUCCCAAGAAGAAACGAACAAAAAUGAUAACCCCAGUGAGAAGAAUCCAACCCCUUGCCCAAGAACUGUCCAAAUGCAUCCCAAAGACUCCUCUACGUCAUCCGACGUAUGUCGAGCACCUGUCAAACUGGUGGAAGAGAAAACAGUGGAGACGAUCCUGAAGAAGUGCCAGAACGUCGAAACUUACGUUCCGGUGAAGGAGAAAUUGGUUCUUUUCGAAUCGCUCUGCAGACUUGGAAGGAAAGUGAGGAGCACUGAAGAUGUUUCUUACAGAAGCGACGUUGAAACGAAACGUGCUAGAUCUAUGCAUGAUCUGUCCAACGUCGGACCACACGUGGCUGUCCGCGAAAUAUGCAAAUAUUUCGAAAAUAAAACAGACACGAACGAUACAAAAAAAGAGACGUCAAAUACCAGAAGACUUGUUUGUUCGGAAUCGCAGCUACAUAACGUAAAGAAUUUUUCACAAAUUUCGAGCAGAUAAAAUAUACAUAAUCGUAUUCGAUGUUUUUCGUGUAAAUAUAUCAUUUUUUUCCUAAUUUUUUGUAAAUAUUCCUGUUGAUGUAGUAUUAAUUUUCGAUGAAAAAAUAUUAGUGAGAUUGAAAAAAACCAAAAUAAUGGAUUUGCCAUGUAACGUUAGUGAAUUUAAUGAGAGUGACAUUUUUAUUAAUAAUUUUAUAAAUUAUUAUUGAAUUUCUUCAUGAUACUUGUUACGAAGUGAUCUAAUAUAUGAGAAUACCUAUAUUAAUUCCUUUGGAAAUAAAUUAUAAACCAAUAAA